UGCUCCUCUGAUCUCUCCUCCUUGGCUUUUAGAAUCAAUCCUCAGCUCUCCACAAUGGAAGCCUUCUCAUACGAGCAGCACUACCCUUUCCUUCUAGACUCUCCUAUCCUUCCACCCACCCCCUUUGAGAUGUCCCUGCCCAUACAGCAAGUUGGAGAGAUGAACAAUAACUCCCCUUCUUGCUUCCCCUACUAUUUCUCAGCUGAAGCCAUCCUAGGGGUCUCAUCUGUUGAUGCCAGAGCCUAUGAGAGCAGCAGCUCUCUUGACACUGCCACAAAAGCUCCUUCAGUUGAGAGUCAGAUUGCUCCUCCAUCAGUGGUAAUUGAAUCCCAUGAUGAGAAGGUUCCCAAACACCAAGGCUCCAUGGAGAAGAAAAGAAAGAAUGGUGACAAGACUUGCUCGAGUUCUGGUCGAUCCAAAAAUGUCAAGGAAAGCAAGAGUGGCAAGCAGAGAAAACGCAAUUGUGAAUUGAAGGGAAAAGAGGAGAAGAAGCCCAAAUGUGAUGAUUUGAAGGCCACAGAGGCUGGCGAAGAGCCCCCUCCAGGGUACAUUCAUGUAAGAGCAAGGAGAGGUCAAGCUACAGAUAGCCACAGCCUUGCAGAAAGGGUCAGAAGGGAGAAGAUAAGUGAGAGGAUGAAGAUGUUGCAAGGUCUUGUCCCUGGCUGUGAUAAGGUUACUGGAAAGGCACUCAUGCUGGACGAGAUAAUUAACUAUGUGCAAUCUUUGCAGAACCAAGUUGAGUUUCUUUCCAUGAAGCUUGCUUCUACAAAUCCCUCGUUAUAUGACUUUGGGGUGGAUCUUGAUGACUUCAUGGAUAAACCAGAGAAAAUGGAGAACAUACCACAUCAACUGACACUUGUGAACCCAACCACUCACUUUCAGCCUACAGCUUUUGAUAAUGCUACAAAUAACUACCAAAUGAUAGAUCCUCCUGUGCCUCUUCUACUACAUUGCCAGGGACCCACUGCCUUUCCUCAGGAUGGUGGCAGUUUUAUGAUUCAGGUGGGAGAACAAAGACAACCAAUUCUCGAUCAAUUUGAGCACAACAACAUGAGCUCUUUUCAGUAGAUUAAAAAAUAGCCUUUGAUACUCUUGACAAACAGUACUGUGGCCACAUAACAUCACAAUAGACCCAGAUGGAUAGCUCUCGUUGCUCUUGAAAUGGUUUUCGCCCACAAUGCCUAGCUCUCAAUCCAUUUGAAUAAGAGUUUCCUUCCAGAGUUUGCUCUAAAUUUGUGAAACAAAGGCAAAGUCAGGGCAUGGAAAAACCAAGAGUUCAGACCGUAUCUGCAGUAGAUUCAUGCACAAAUACCAAGAGACGAUGCCUGAUGUUACACUUAAAAAGAAUAAUAAGAAAUUUUAAAAAAAAUUAUUUUAUUUUUGUUGUAUCCUCAGUUUUACAUAGAGAGAGACAGAGAGCUGAAGGGUCCUUGUAUCACAGGAAGCUUACAAGGCUGGCCACUGACAUAAGAUUUCUUUGCUGCUUUCUUUUUUUUUUUUUUUGUAACUUUUU